CUUCCUGAUCAACAUGGCGGACUCCCACGGGGACACCGGCACCACCAUGCCUGAAGCGGCGGCCCAGGAGGCGUCGGUCUUCAGCAUGACGGACGUGGUUCUGUUCUCGCUCAUCGUGGGGCUGAUCACCUACUGGUUCCUCUUCAGAAAGAAAAAGGAGGAAGUGCCCGAGUUCACCAAGAUCCAGGCCCCGACGUCGUCGUCAGUGAAGGAGAGCAGCUUCGUGGAGAAGAUGAAGAAGACGGGCCGGAACAUCGUGGUCUUCUACGGCUCCCAGACGGGCACCGCCGAGGAGUUUGCCAACCGCCUGUCCAAGGACGCCCACCGCUACGGGAUGCGGGGCAUGGCCGCCGACCCCGAGGAGUACGACCUGGCCGACCUGAGCAGCCUGCCCGAGAUCAACAACGCCCUGGCCGUCUUCUGCAUGGCCACCUACGGUGAGGGGGACCCCACCGACAACGCCCAGGACUUCUACGACUGGCUGCAGGAGACCGACGUGGACCUCUCGGGGGUCAAGUACGCGGUGUUUGGCCUCGGGAACAAGACCUACGAGCACUUCAACGCCAUGGGCAAGUACGUGGACCAGCGGCUGGAGCAGCUCGGCGCCCAGCGCAUCUUCGAGCUGGGCAUGGGCGACGAUGAUGCAAACCUGGAGGAGGACUUCAUCACGUGGCGGGAGCAGUUCUGGCCGGCGGUGUGCGAGCACUUCGGUGUGGAGGCCACAGGAGAGGAGUCCAGCAUUCGGCAGUACGAGCUCGUGCUGCACACAGACAUCGACGUGGCCAAGGUGUACCAGGGCGAGAUGGGCCGCCUCAAGAGCUACGAGAACCAGAAACCCCCCUUCGAUGCCAAGAAUCCCUUCCUGGCCACGGUCACCACCAACCGGAAGCUGAACCAGGGCACCGAGCGCCACCUCAUGCACCUGGAGCUGGACAUCUCGGACUCCAAGAUCAGGUAUGAGUCUGGGGACCACGUGGCUGUGUAUCCGGCCAACGACUCUGCCCUCGUCAACCAGCUGGGGGAGAUCCUGGGUGCCGACCUGGACGUCGUCAUGUCCCUGAACAACCUCGAUGAGGAGUCCAACAAGAAGCACCCAUUCCCCUGCCCCACUUCCUACCGCACGGCCCUCACCUACUACCUGGACAUCACCAACCCGCCGCGCACCAACGUGCUCUACGAGCUGGCCCAGUACGCCGCCGACCCCGCUGAGCAGGAGCAGCUGCGCAAGAUGGCCUCAUCCUCGGGCGAGGGCAAGGAGCUGUACCUGAGCUGGGUGGUGGAGGCGCGGAGGCACAUCCUGGCCAUCCUCCAAGACUACCCGUCCCUGCGGCCGCCCAUCGACCACCUGUGUGAGCUGCUGCCCCGGCUGCAGGCGCGCUACUACUCCAUCGCCUCCUCCUCCAAGGUCCACCCCAACUCCGUGCACAUCUGCGCCGUGGCCGUGGAGUACGAGACCAAGGCCGGCCGCCUCAACAAAGGCGUGGCCACCAGCUGGCUGCGGGCCAAGGAGCCGGCCGGGGAGAAUGGCGGCCGUGCCCUGGUGCCCAUGUUCGUGCGCAAGUCCCAGUUCCGCCUGCCCUUCAAGGCCACCACGCCGGUCAUCAUGGUGGGCCCCGGCACCGGCGUGGCCCCCUUCAUCGGCUUUAUCCAGGAGCGGGCCUGGCUGCGGCAGCAGGGCAAGGAAGUGGGCGAGACGCUGCUGUACUACGGCUGCCGGCGCGCGGCCGAGGACUACCUGUACCGCGAGGAGCUCGCCGGCUUCCAAAAGGACGGCACGCUCAGCCAGCUCAACGUGGCCUUCUCCCGCGAGCAGGCCCAGAAGGUCUACGUGCAGCACUUGCUGAGGAGGGACAAGGAGCACCUGUGGCGGCUCAUCCACGAGGGGGGCGCCCACAUCUACGUGUGCGGGGACGCUCGGAACAUGGCCAGGGACGUGCAGAACACCUUCUACGACAUCGUGGCCGAGCUGGGGGCCAUGGAGCACGCGCAGGCCGUGGACUACGUGAAGAAGCUCAUGACCAAGGGCCGCUACUCCCUGGACGUGUGGAGCUAGGGCCCCGGGGCGGCCGCGGACGGACUCCUGCGGGCCGGGCUGGGGCCUGGCCCCGCCAGUGAUUGCCGGUGAAUGUAAAUAAUUUUAAAUACCCUGUGCCCUUGGAAUAAAGUCCUGUUUUCUGU